AUGCUUAUGACUACCUCUAUCUCUGAUUUCUACGCUCCAAAGGGGCACAAUAAGCACGAUCAGUUGUUUUUAGCCUUUUCAAGACAAGUUGUGCGUCAGAGGGCUGAAAUGCCUAAAAGGACCCGUUCAAAGGCUUCUGCAUCGAAGGGCAAUUGGUUUUGUCCAUUGCUUUUCCAAGGUGGUGUGGUGCCACUGUAUACUAAUGAAAUAUGA